UUAAAUUGAGUAACAACACUUGAUAAUUCAUUCACACUUUUAACUCUGCUUACUGUAAGCCAUUAUAACACACUUGAAACAGUUCCUCAGAAAAUUUCCAAUAUGGUUUCUUCCAUCAGUUACUCUGUCUUCACUGCCUAUUUCUUUGUCUUCUUAUCGAUCUUUUUCGUUACUAGCAAUGGAUUUUUCUAUGAGGAACUCACAGAAGGCAUAGCGAUAAAACGCACAGAGAAAACGAGCCACCUCCAUUUCUACUUUCAUGACAUUGUUGGUGGCAAGAACCCAACCGCUGUGAAAAUUGCAGGACCACUUAACAGUACUGGUUAUGGCUUUGGCAGUACAUUGAUGAUGGAUGAUGCCUUAACGGAAGGACCUGAACGUACCUCGAAGCUUGUAGGAAGAGCUCAAGGACUUUAUGCCAUAGCUGCACAGGAAGAUGUUUCACUGCUCAUGGUAGUGAACUUUGCUUUCAUGGAAGGUGAAUAUAAUGGAAGUAGCAUCAGCAUUCUUGGGAGAAAUCCUGUUUUGAACGAUGUGAGAGAGAUGCCGAUUGUUGGAGGCAGUGGACUGUUUAGGUUCGCUUCUGGAUAUGCACUGGCACAUACAAUUUGGUUUGAUAGCAAAACUGGAGAUGCCACUGUUGAGUACAACGUGUAUGUAACCACUAAUGAGGUGAGCUAAUUCAUGUUAGGCUUAGCAUAAACAGCUGUUCAUUUUUAUUUAUUUGGUGGAUUACUUGUAGCCUUCUGGGAUAAUUUAUCAGUUUCUUAGCAGAUCUUUAUAAAGCUGCUUGAGAAUUAUCUUAGUAAAUUUCCAUUUAUUUAAAGUAA